UUCCUGCACAGGUGUACCGGCUCCUCCCCUCCAUUCCUGCACAGGUGUACCGGCUCCUCCCCUCCAUUCCUGCACAGGUGUACCGGCUCCUCCCCUCCAUUCCUGCACAGGUGUACCGGCUCCUCCCCUCCAUUCUUGCACAGGUGUAUCGGCUCCUCCCCUCCAGUCCUGCACAGGUGUACCGGCUCCUCCCCUCCAGUCCUGCACAGGUGUAAUGGCUCCUCCCCUCCAUUCCUGCACAGGUGUAGCGGCUCCUCCCCUCCAUUCCUGCACAGGUGUAGCGGCUCCUCCCCUCCAUUCCUGCACAGGUGUACCGGCUCCUCCCCUCCAUUCCUGCACAGGUGUACCGGCUCCUCCCCUCCAUUCCUGCACAGGCGUACAGGCUCCUCCCCUUCAGUCCUGCACAGGCGUACAGGCUCCUCCCCUUCAGUCUUGCACAGGCGUACAGGCUCCUCCCCUUCAGUCUUGCACAGGCGUAAUGGCUCCUCCCCUUCAGUCCUGCACAGGUGUACCGGCUCCUCC